AUGAAAAUAUUAUCUAGUACCAACAUAUUCGGUAAAUGCUACGGCGCUCUCGUGGCGUUAUUGCAGUCAGCUAUCAACCUGGAGCUCCAGGGCUUAAACAUCACCACUGCAUCGCAGAUGGAUCCUUUCUACAAGGCAAUAGAGAGAGAUAUUGAAAACAAGGAUGAGGAAAGAGCCAAGCCCUUUGUCCUGAGCAGUCCUGACACG